AUGAAUAUCAUCCUCAGUCAUAAAGCCGCCAGUCCACACCCACAAGCGGAGAAAUUCACGGCCCUCGACAAUUUCUUUUCUCAAGCAUUCAGCGCAGAGCCAUACCAUAAGAAUUUCAACUUCUUUUGGAAGACUGUAGCAAUCAUGUCCAAGAUCACAGUCGCCGGAGUGCGCCAGAAUGUCGAGAACCUUCUCAACUACUCUCUCAAUGAGAAGAAGCGUAACUUCAACGAGACCGUUGAGCUUCAGAUCGGCCUGAAGAACUACGAUCCCCAGCGCGAUAAGCGUUUCUCCGGCACCAUCAAGCUGCCUACCGUCCCCCGCCCCAACAUGGCCAUCUGUAUUCUUGGUGACCAGCACGAUCUUGACCGUGCUAAGCACCACAGCAUCGAUGCCAUGUCCGUUGACGAUCUCAAGAAGCUCAACAAGAACAAGAAGCUCAUCAAGAAGCUUGCUCGCAAGUACGAUGCCUUCCUUGCUUCCGAGGGUCUCAUCAAGCAGAUUCCCCGUCUCCUCGGUCCCGGUCUCUCCAAGGCCGGAAAGUUCCCUACCCCCGUCUCCCACGCUGAGGACAUGGCCGUCAAGGUCACCGACGUCAAGUCCACCAUCAAGUUCCAGCUCAAGAAGGUUCUGUGCCUCGGUGUUGCCAUCGGUAACGUCGAGAUGGAGAAGGAGGCUCUUGUUGCCAACCUGAUGCUCGCCAUCAACUACCUCGUCUCCCUCCUCAAGAAGGGCUGGCAGAACGUUGGCAGUCUUGUCAUCAAGGCUUCCAUGUCUCCCCCCCACCGUGUCUACUAG